UCUCAAAAAAAAAAAAAAAAAAAAAUUAGCCAGGCAUGGAGGUGGCUCUCGUGGAGGCAGCUAGCGUGAGGCUAGGGAGCGCUGAGCCGUGCCUCAUGCCCUGCGCUACCCAGACUAGUGAACAAUACAGUCAGGAUGGCUAAAGGUGACCCCAAGAAACCAAAGGGCAAGGUGUCUGCUUAUGCUUUCUCUGUGCAGACAUGCUGCAAAGAACAUAAGAAGAAAAACCCGGAGGUCCCUGUCAAUUUUGCAGAAUUUUCCAAGAAGUACUCUGGGAGGUGGAAGACAAUGUCCAGGAAAGAGAAAUUUAAAUUUGAUGAAAUAGCAAAGGCAGAUAAAGUGCUCUAUGAUCGGGAAAUGAAGGAUCAUGGACCAGCCAAGGGAGGCAAGAGGAAGAAGGACCCUAAUGCCCCCAAAAGGCCACCAUCUGGAUUCUUCCUGUUCUGUUCAGAAUUCUGCCCCAGGAUCAAAUCCACAAACCCCGGCAUCUCUAUUGGAGACGUGGCAAAAAAGCUGGGUGAGAUGUGGAAGAACUUAAAUGACAGUGAAAAGCAGCCUUACAUCACUAAGGCGGCAAAGCUGAAGGAGAAGUAUGAGCAGGAUGUUGCUGACUGUAAGUUGAAAGGAAAGUUUGAUGGCACAAAAGGUUCUGCUAAAGUUGUGCGGAAAAAGGUGGAAGAGGAAGAUGAAGAAGACGAGGAGGAAGAAGAGAAGGAGGAGGAUGAGGAUGAACAAACAAACUGUUUAUCUGUCUCCUUGUGAAUACUUAGAGUAGGGGAGCGCUGUACUCAACAUAUCUCUUAUUUGAGAAGUGUCUGUUGCCCUCAUUAGGUUUAAUUACAAAAUUUGAUCACGAUCGUAUUGUAGUUCCUCAAAGUGCUUUAGAAAUUGUCAGUGGUUUACAUGAAGUGGCCAUGGGUGUCUGGAGCACCCUGAAACUGCAUCAAAGAUGUACAUAUUUCCAAACAUUUUUAAAAUGAAAAGGCACUCUUGUGUUCUCCCCGCUCUGUGCACUUUGCUGUGGGUGUGACAAGGCAUUUAAAGACGUUUCUGGCAUUUUCUUUUUAUUUGUAAGGUGGUGUUAACUAUAUGGUUAUUGGCUAGAAAUCCUGAGUUAACAACUGUAUAUCUCUAUAGUUUGUAAAAAGAACAAAACG